AUGUGCCGCGUCAUUCUUGCUGGCGAGACGGUAGCGCGGGACAUCUGGUGCCGAAAUCCCAGGAAUCUUAACAUCGUCAGCACCGCCGGAGACCCCUUGAACUCAAGGAGGAUUCAGAACUACAGCACUUGUAAGACGGACGUAGAUAAGCCGCGGGUGCCUGCUUGUCAUCAUGGGCUCCUCGCAGUCUGUUAUCACAGCACUAGAGUCAGUGUUAAAACAAAGAGACAUAAAAACUGCCCAUCGGACGCAAAAGAGAUUGAUCGAGUGGCUCCCUGCUCUGGGGGUGAAGAUUUAGACCCCCAGAAAGAAGAUGAACUAGAUGAGGAAGCAGCCAGAUAUGAGAAGGAGAGAUGUUAUCCCGAUGAUCGCUUACAAAGCGACAAAGGACAGCUUUACACAGCUUCUUCACAGGUGGUUCCUUCGGCACCCCCUCCUUAUGAGAUGCACCCAAGGGCCUUUUCCUUCCUUCCUGAGAAGGUAAAGAGAAAAUUGCACUUGGCCUACCCCAUCUUUGAAGACGUGGAAGGAGGACGGGUGCACGCACCUGUGGAAUAUAGCCAAAUAAAAGAAUUGGCGGAAUCGGUUAGAAAAUAUGGCGUUACCGCUAAUUUUACCCUAGCCCAAUUAGACAGAUUGGGUAUGACUGCCAUGACCCCGGCUGACUGGCAAACGGUCACCAAAGCAUCACUUGUUAGUAUGGGUCAAUAUAUGGAAUGGAAAGCCCUUUGGUAUGAAGCGGCCCAGGAGCAAGCCAGAGCCAAUGCCAUGGCUCUGACUCCAGAACAACAACAAUGGACGUUCGAUCUCCUAACUGGCCAAGGGCGUUUUACUGCUAAUCAGACUGAUUAUCAUUGGGGUGCAUAUCGACAGAUUGCUGACACGGCCAUUAGGGCAUGGAAAGCACUCUCUAGAAAAGGAGAAGCGAAUAAUCAGCUCACUAAGAUCAUUCAGGGCGUACAAGAACCUUUUUCAGACUUUGUGGCGCGAAUGACAGAGGCAGCAGGACGUAUCUUUGGCGAUCCUGAAACGGCCACGCCUUUUAUCGAACAGCUCAUUUUUGAACAAGCCACCCAGGAAUGUCGCACAGCCAUAGCCCCCAGAAAAAGUAAGGGACUACAGGAUUGGCUUAGAAUUUACAGAGAGUUGGGAGGUCCCCUCACCAAUGGGCUGGCCGCUGCUAUCUUACAAAAACCCCCCUAUAAGGAACCAGAUAAAAGGGUCUGUUUUAACUGUGGCAAGCCAGGACAUUUAAAGAAAGAUUGUAGACUGUCAGAAAAGGAGAGGGCUCCCUCUACCCUCUGUUCUAGGUGUGGUAAAGGCUACCACAAGGCUGAACUAUGCCAUUCAGUGAGGGAUAUAAAAGGCAGAAUUCUUCCUCCAUUAAGGGCACCUGUUACUGAGGAAUCAAAAAAUGGGGCAGAGGGCCCCCGGUUCCAGAACCCACAAAAAUAUGGGAACAGGUUCAUCAAAAUGACCGAAGAGGUCUCUCUAGGGAUGGAGCAAGAAUGGACUUGUGUGCCUCCUCCGACUUCAUACUGA